AAAGACAGCUUGUUGUUAUCUGCCGAAAUGGCAUCACAAUAGAGUUUUAACUUUUUUUAUGGUCAUUUUGAGGGGAAAAAAUGACUCUAUUCAGCACUUGGAACUUUCAAUUGUUGCUGCUGAAUGCUUUUGCAUGCAUCAUAAUGAAGGCCAUUCGGAAUUUGAUUUUGGCUUCAACAUUUAUGGUUGUACUUUAUGAAGGAGCGUUCUGCCACAGUAUUCGGACUGAUUUUGUGUUACUAAACCAACCGUACACAUUCCCCGGUAACGCCAGCGGCUGUCAUCACGCUGAAUGGAGAAAGAGACCCCCCAUAGACACCACUAUCGCCACAUACAAAAACCAUGCGUUCACGACUGACAGAACUUUUGAGGAAGAAUUCACAUGUAAAGACAACCACCUGCUUCUCAAAUCAUCAAAAUACACCGAUCAGGGGCCCUAUGAGUUCAUCUGUAACGGGGUUCAAACUUUCAUUCAUCUGGAUGUUUUAUAUGCUCAAAAUGAGAGCGCAGAAGAAACGGACAACAUCACCCUGAACUGUUAUGCGCACAAUGCCAAAGAUGUGAAGUGGCUGCAUAACAACGAAAGUGUUUUGCACUACAAGAUAAACGGAUCCGAGAAUCCUGGCAAAGGCUACGAGGGAAGAGUUUUUUUGCUGGAGAAGAAUUGCUUCAAAACCGGCGAUCUCUCUUUGACCAUCACUCGUGUCCGCAAGGCAGAUGCUGGAAUAUACCGUUGCUUUGUGGAUGAUGAAACGGUUAAAGGAAACCCACACGCCUAUGUGCUGCAUGUGAACGAGAAAAACUCCGGUCCAGGAGACCAGACACACUCCAGCUGCAACGAAGCAAUUCUGAUCGUGCUCACUGUAGUUUUUGGGCUCAUCUCAGUGAUCAGUGUGACAUAUCUGAUCACCAUAGAACUACGCAAUCGUCAAUCCAAGUCCACUACAGCGACUCAGAGUAGUGAGGGUGACACCACUGAAACCCAGCGUAUGCUGAUGUCUGCUAUUAGCACAACUUCACCCGUCAAUGAAAGUCAGUCGGUGGUCACUCAUCCUGUUCAGGAGAGCGACUCCACGGGAAAUAAGCCUUCCAACACCAGGCCUAUUUUGUAAUCUGGUGAAACGAGGCCUGUGAAGAUACAGUCAGCUAGGCCUGUUUCACACCGCAAGCAACAGAGCUUUACAGCAUUUCUGCUGCAUAACCAACUGCAAUCAAAUAUUGAUUUAGUGGGGCCAACUUUGAUCGUUGUAGAAUUGAAUUUACUUGAGAAGCAGGACCACAUUUACAUGCAAACUGUAAUGAAUGUAAACGAUCAAGUUUAAACAUUACUCACUCCAGCAUUAAAUGUUUCUUGAAAGACUGUUUUAAUUAAGUAUGGAAUAACUGACGAUGGUUUCAGUGUGUUUGUGUGUGUGCGUGGAAGAAAGAAUGUGUACAUGUUUUUUAGCAGCAAAAUUGUUUGUUAUAUGUCUUUGCAGUCAGUGUUGUUGUAGGCUUUGAUUAAUUUGCUGUUGCAGGGACUUAACUUAAUAAAUAACUUAAAUAAUAUGACAUGAAGCUGUAAUGAGAGCCCUGGAACUACUUCAUAGCUGGGCGUUUACUGGAAAAUAAUAAUCGCACACCUUACAGUGUUCGUCAACCAAUUAGAAUCAAGCAUUUAACAACCCUGUGAUAAAAUAGGUUUUUAUUUUCAUAUACCCUAAUAUGGGCAACGAAAAGAUUAUGGUACAUAGUUGCUGCUUACAACUUUUUUGGCAUUUUGGUAAUCUAGUCCAUUUUAUAGAAAAAGAAACUGAAUCUUUGGUGAGAAAAAAGAGAGACUUUAUAUAUAUACAGUAUAUAUUCUCAGCAUUAGCCUUUUUAAUGUUAAUUUAUUGAAUGUUUUGUAGGAAGACUGUCUCAUCAAAACCUCAUGCAUGAAGAGACUUCAUAUACAGCUCCUGUUUAGCACUUUUCUGAACACUUUACUGUGGCCUUUGCUAUUUCAUAUAUUUUCUGUUCUUUUUACGAUAUGCAUUUCUCAUUUUUAUUUUCUAGUUAAUGUGCACAGCUUUAUAUUUGUCGAGAGUGUUACUUGUAGCAGUUGAAAUGUCUCAUUAAAACGUUUUGCAGUAGUGUUAGUAUAGUGGUUUCUAAUGCUGACUGAACAAUAAGGUUGUAUCAGCAAACCAAUGGAAGUAUUCAGAUUAAUCAAAUGUACAGGUGCCAGUCAAUAAAAUACAUUUUAU